AUGUCGAUUGCUUCUUCUAUACAUUCAUUAGUCGAUCAGAUUAAAACAGAAGCCUUCCAAGACUCAUCCUCUACUGGCCAUGGUCAUGCGCGCCUUCUUCAACUUAUCGAUGAACUCAAGCUACUUGUUGAAACACCCACUGAGACAAUCCUGCGUUUGAUAUACCAACCUCCGGAAAAUGCGGCUUUGAGGACGGUGGUUGAUCUCGGGAUAUUUCCCCUUCUUGUCGGUAGCCCAAAGCAGGAAGGCCUCUCCGCGUCAGACAUAGCCCUGCACACUGGGGCCGAUAGAAGGCUCAUUGUUCGCCUGAUGCGGGUGAUGACUUCCCUGGGGCUUUGUUCCAGCGUAGAGGCGGAAAUAUACCGUUUCACUGAUAAGACUCUCGCGAUGACCAAACCGAUCGGGCGAGAUGGGGUCCCAUGCAUAUACGAUCUGACACUUCCGGCCCUAUCCAAACUUCCCGAAUACCUCCGUCUAAACAACCAUAUCAACCCAGAGGAAUACUCAAAGUCCCCAAUGCAAUGGGCCGUGGGCAAAAGCCAAUUCGAAUGGCUUGCUGAGAACAAGCAGCAUCAGUUUCUUUUUAACUCAUACAUGUCCAGUCGACGUGAAGGCAAGCCCAAUUGGUUCGAAGUAUACCCGUUAGAAAGGUUGAUUGAUGGGGCCAUAUAUUCACCGGAAGUUGCGUUUCUUGUUGAUGUCGGUGGAAAUGAAGGGCAUGAUCUGGGAAGUCUCCAUGCCCGAUACGCCAGCCUCCCUGGGCGACUCAUCCUCCAAGAUCUUCCAAAGAUGGUGAAGAAUGUCGACAGAGAAGGAAUAGAAAAUAUAGCAUAUAGCUUCCUCGACCCGCAGCCAGUCAAGGGCGCCCGAGCAUACUACUUUAGAGCAAUCUUCCAUGACUGGCCCGAUAGGGUUUGCAAACGGAUCUUGUUGAAUACUAUCUCUGCCAUGAAUGCCCAAUAUUCGCGCAUCAUCAUCGUCGACUUUGUUCUCCCCGACACAAAUGUCCCACGAAUGCAAUCCGCCAUGGACAUACAGAUGAUGAGCAUUGGAGCAGGUGUUGAGCGAUCAAAAAAGCAGUGGUUUGAUCUUCUGGCCAGUGUUGGCUUGAAGAUAAAUGAGAUCUGGAAUUCGAACUCGGCCAUGGAGUCGGUCAUUGAGGCAGUUCCGAUGGAAGAUGGUGAAGAGCCUGCCGAAAAGCUGUGA